GCGCAGGGAAUAAGAGGGUUAUGAGUUCAGAAUGAAGCAGCAGCUGGAUCAGCCUGUUCCUCUGUGAGACUUCCAUCUCAACAAGUGCAUCAGUGCUUCAAAAGAAAUGAUGGGUUGUCUUGCAUUAGCUUUCAACUAGUUCUCAGUACGGCUGUUGAAAGAGGGUUCAUCACAUUGAGUCAGGGUUCUAGUGAUGUCUUCACUGUCCGCUAUGAGAAGGACCCUCUUCUGUCUGCUUCUGCUCUGGAAGAGAACAGCAGCUCAGAGUGAGGAGGUGUGGUGUUCUGUGGCUGACCCGGUGGGGGCGCAACACCCUGUUCAGGGUCUUCUGGAGACAUUUGAGGCAGGACCGGGCUGCGCUGCUAGGGAACGCGGGGACAAGGAGACGCACGUCAUCGCAGUGGGGCGAGCGACAAACAAUGCAAAAAACAAGGUGACGGUGUUACUGAAGCCUCUGUCUCUGUGGCCUUCACCUCUCAGAGCUCUCCACCUGCUGCUCAGCUCCAAGCUCCCAGUCAACUGGUGGCUGGAGGCUGAGAGACUGCCCCGCAAUUUCCCAGUGCUGGUGCAGGUGUCAUCUAACUCCAGUGUACAGUCCUUCACGCUGGGUGUGCAGGUGCACACGGUGCCUCUGUUACCGUUCCGUCCGCAUGCGCUGCACCGCUGGGCUCUGACACACCACGGCAACCUUUCAUCCCUGACACACGCGACACACGGCAACCGAGUCUACAUCCGAGUGGGAGAGGACCCGACAUUGCCUGCUGUGUGUCUGCUGCAGUCCAUGUUCCUCUCUCACAACUACCUGACCUCUGACCUGCUGCCACAGGAAGUGCAGGGCUGCGCUCACGCUCCGGCAGCUGUCCCCAGCCCCGAAGUCCACGUGAUCAAGCUGCAUUCAGCGGGCUCGGGUCUCUGUGGCUCGAUGCAGGUGGAGGUUAUUGUCUCUCUUGUGCCCCCAGUGGCCAACUCCAAGCCACAGAGGGUUGUGCUGAUUCUCAGCAGUUCAGUGCCAGUCAACUGGGCCGUUGUUGCUCAUGGUGUCCAGGGUCAUAUCACUGUUCAUUCCUCCAACAGUGUGUCGCCUCCUUACCCUCCCGAGUCUUACCUGACCGUUUCCAGCACCCUUCACUCUGACCUGUCGUCCGUGUCUGACCUCGUUGUCUGGGCCGGUGACAAAGGUUACACCAGGGUGACCUCGUACACCGAGGCUGACCUGGCCAACCGCUUUGUGAUCCAGCUGGCCGGGGCCGGGACAGACGUGCUCGCAGCGGUGAAUGCCCUGGUUGUGAGGCCUCCCUGGGCUGAGGAGCGCAGGCUGAGGCUGAACAGUGGAGGCAGAGCAGGAGGAGGACUAGACACUUUUACAGUGCAGUGUGAGGACGGACGCCUCAGUGUGACCAUGGACCAGCAAACCCUGCAGACAUUGUCUGUCCCAGUGUCCACCGUGACUCUGCAGGACCCGACGUGCCAGGCUCAGUCCAAUGGGAGUCAUUUCCUGUUGGUGUUCCCGGUCAUUUCCUGUGGGACUGAGGGUGUGCUCAUCGCACAGUCCAGAGAAGUGCAGUACAAAAAUAUGAUCUUAUUAUGGAUGGACAAGCCUCAGACCAUUCUAGCUCUCAAUGAGACAGAGCGGAAGUCCAAAAGUCCUCUCAGCAUACAUUUUAGCUGUUUGGCUGCUGUCUCCAUUUCCUCUGAACCCCCUGCAGACACUAGUGACGAGCGUGGACUCUUCCCCUGGACACCGGAGGAUCGAGGUCCUGACCCAGGACUGAGACACCUCCCGACACCCAGACACAGAUCUGGACCUUUCCUUAAUUUAAGGCUUUUUGUCAGCGAGGAUUAUGACCAGAGGAGGAUUGGCCCCUGUGUCAUCACUGCAGGCCACCGUGUCUAUGUUGAGAUUUCGGCCAAAGGGCCUCUCUCAGAUGCCGUGGAGUUGAUUUCAUGUGUGGUCUCCCCUCUGUCGAACCCAAAGAAAUCUCCUUUCUGGACUGUGAUACGAGAGGGCUGUUCCUCAGACCCGUCACUGACCCUCAGCACAAAGACACAAGACGAUGACGAGGAAAAGGCUAAAGUUGGUCGUAAACUGCAGGAGGAAAAGGAAGGAGACGGAAUUUUGCACCGAGAGCGAGAUUUCUCAUUUAGACAAAAGGCUGAAAGAGAAAGGAGAGAAGCAUCUGUAAGGAUGGGAAAGAGUAGUACGAUUGUGGCGACGGAGGAGGAGGAGGAGGAGGAGAUGCAGCCCUUGAGGUUUAGUUUUAUCCUGCGGCCGGUUCAUAAUGACUCCAUGCAGUUCCUGCACUGCAGCCUCCACGUGUGUGUGUCUGACUCAACCAGAGGGGAAUCCAUGAAGGAAACGGCAAAGACGGACUGUCAGGGCAAAAUACGAAUCCCACCACUUGUAUCCAAGUCACCCAAACAUCAGUGUGAGAUAAGAAACCUGUCCCGUCCCAUGGUGGUCACACGCUCUUUAAGUUCACUGGCACCCAAACUGCUGAGGCCCCCUGCUGGCCAAAGGACAAAGAGGCUGAGUGUGGCUCCUCUGGCCUCUUCAGACCCGACACACAGCAGCUCUGUGAUGCAGAUGGGACCAGUGAUGGGAAUUGUUAUUGCAGCCUUCCUGUUGGGUGUCAGCCUGAUGGGUGGACUGUGGUGGAUUUAUAAUUAUACAGCUGCAAGUACAACCUUACUUGGAAGAGAGGGUCAUAUAACAGACCAGAGUCAUGGAGGCAACAACACCUGCAAUCCUCCGUCUGAACAGUCCUCCUCAGUAUAGAGGAUUUCCUUCUGCAAAUCUGAGAAAGAAGUGGAACAGAGGUUCCAACAGCUUGCGUGUGAGUGCGCACAGCUGCCUGUGUGUGUGCAGAUCCGUGUUUGUUCAGUUCUCCUCAUGAGCGGCAUUCAUCGUCACGCAAGAGAACUGCAAGACGAAGCUAGAGCAUGUGAAUAAAGUCGCACUUAGUCAUUGCUGCAGUGUGACAAGUCAAGUGUUUGAGUCAAAGUGAAAACGUCCGUCUGUUUGAUGCUGGAAGUCUUUUUACGUCAAGUCAUUUCAAACGUGGCAGCGGGGUCGGCACAUGAAGUUUGUCUGCACUGACUCAGACAGAAACCACGUCUUUGCCAACUUUAGAGACUGAACACGGGGUCAAGUGUGAGUCAAGAGGUUAUUGUGUGCCCCUGUUUUCCAUCCAUUUGUGUUGUUUCCAUCCAACGUUGUGUGUGGUUACUGUGAAUGAGCUACAUGUGAUCUACAUGUGAACUGUUUUGUGUUCAUGUCUCAAAUAAAUGUGUAAAAUUGA